AUGACUGUACCGAACGAGAGUUUUAUCGAGUUAGUCGACGAGUUCGACGACACGUUCGCCCAACUUACUUAUGGAAGUAAAGUACUUUAUAGAGAUCCAUGGUUGAAAAAAGUUUCUUCCGACGUCGUCGACUAUGAGCUGCGAAAUUUGACGAUUAAUAUGGUCUCAAUCGUCAACAAACGAAACAUUCGAUUAUCAAGGCAAUCCUUGGUCAACGUUGAGGAAGGAUUGGGAAUUUAUCAUGACGAUUAUAAAUCAGACAAGAAGAAAACUUUGUCAAGAUUGUCGAUCGUGCCCACUACAAGCCGUUUCUUAUUUCAUUUGCGAGGGAAUCAAUUAAAGAUACCAAAAUAUCAAAACACGUAUCGCCUGGAACCCUUCAGAUCUUUUUGCGUCGAGACGGUCGACAAUAUCGUUUCUACCGUAAUGGAAAAUAAAUUAUCACUCUUCUCGUUCUAUCAGUCGGAUAAUGCCUCCAAGUUAUCUAUGGAGAUUUCCAACGAUGUCUUCAAAGCGAUCAACAAGAGAGAUUACGAUAGAUAUAAAAUAGUGGUACAAGUGACUAUCAUACAACGUAUGGGGCAAAGCGUACAUUCUGCCUUUCAGUGCCUCUGGGAUGUGGAACGUGACAAUUACUCGUACUACGUUUUCGAAAAUUCUCACAUAUACGCGUGGUGCUGCGUGUUCGGUCUUUACUACGAAUGAAAACGAAAUUCCCUGUCUCUCUCUCUCUCUCUCUCUGUGUGUGUGUGUGCGUGUGUGUGUUUGUCUGUGUCUGUUCCUCUAUUCCUCUCUGCGUAUUUCUCCAGCUUCAACCUUAGUGACGACCCGUAGAGACCGUCUGGUGUUACCGAGCAACGUAGAGCAGGUGUCCUUUUAUCCUCUUCUCCGUACGAGCGCGAUCCUAAUACACAUAUUUUCCUGUUAUUACGCGAACAAGAUCGACAAGAGACGCUACGUACUUUCGCUCUUGAAAUUCGUGUUCGUAAAAUCGUUGAGGUCCGAACGUUUAAAAGUUACUCUCGAAAACUAUUUCGUACAUUGCUCUCUUUACUUUGCGAUAUUUCAUAUGACAUUAUUCCUUUAUGUUUGAAAUACAAUGAACCCCCCGUUGAAGUCCCGAUCGAUUAUACCUAUGAAGUAACUAUCUAAUAUUAAUAUUUAUUAGUUUCGUAACUUUCCGUACUAGCUCCAAACGCCGUUGGCGACGUGACCGAGCCAUAUACCUUCCUUUCGGACUCUUCGACGAAUGAUUUAUCGAAAAACUUUUAACUUUGGCUCGUCUUCUCCUCGUCGGAAUAAUAGUCGACGAUUUAAAGUUUUGGAAACACGCCCGAUAUUUUUAUAGAUAUUCAUCGGAGUUAUCGGGACACGACAUGCUAGACCGAAGAAUAAUGGAAACGUGGCUGCUAUGAGGUAGACGAGAAACGAGCUGAUCUUUAUUACGUUGAAAAUGAUAACGAUUCGAUGAAAGCUAUUGAAAAAAAAAAAAAAAAAAAA